GGUUCAUUUUGUGACUGUUAACCCUCUGACUGUCUGCUUGGGAGAAUUGCUGCAAUCCCUGCAGAUAGAUAUUUGAUCCCAUCUUAUUGGGAAUAUUUGUAUUGAUUCUCAGCGCGCUACUUUGCGUUAGAGAAACUUCUGACUGUAUAGCACAGGCUGUACCGUUUGAGAACCGUUUAUAUUGAGCACAGAGUUUGUGUUUUGAUAUAAUAUAAUACGAGUAUCUCAAAGACGCGUUGUGAGCUAUACAGAGGAACUUGGUCUGGUCUAAUCGAAUAAAUUUUGGGUUCGUCAGUCCGUUGUUCCAACCGAAUAUUGGCUGUUCGGUCGUUACAGUUCUCAAACGAACAGUAAUCUCAAGUGACAAACUCUGGAAUGCCUGGAAAGCACAAUAAGGUCAACGAAAACUUGGCAUUGGGCCACGGAGAAAUGCAAUCGGAUACACCUCCAGAUGUACGGCAAGUCAAAUUAGAUGCAUUUUCAUGUCAUGGCUCUAAUGUUAGUUUAUUAAGUAAACGUAGUAAAGUUAGCUCUAGGAUUACCUUAGCAGAGUUAAAAGAAAGGCAAUUAUUAGAAAUGAGGGACUUGAAAGAUAGACAGAGGAAACAACUACUGUGCUUUCAGAGAGAGUUUGGGUCGUUAAGGCUGAACAAAAGCACGUGUAGCAAAUUAUCUUCUGUUUCUAACUGUGAUGACAGAGAAAAGGAGUACGUUCACAGGUUCGUAAGUCCUUCUCAUGACCUUAGGAUAAAGUCUCUAGAAAAGUCAAAACGGUUAGAUUAUCCAGGAACGAAGGAGAAAGUGACCUUGGAAUCUCUAAGUGUAGGUCAUGAACUUCCAACAGUAGAGCACGAUGCCUACUUCGAUGAAAGUUAUAAUAUUGUUCCUUUACCUAGAGGAGUGGCUGAGGAAGACAUUGCUACCCCUGUUAUUGGCAAUGAGUCUGGUAUGUGUAAAGCUGGCUUCACCAAAAAUGAUGCUCCCAUAGCCGUAUUACUCCCUAUUGUUGGAAGAACUAGACAUCAAGUGACUGUGGAAAUGGAUGGAAAGGACAGUCAUGUGGGAGACGAUGCUCGACCGAAACGUGUUAUCCUGACACUGAAGUACCGAAUUGAACAUGGUAUUGCGACUAAGUGGGGUGAUAUGGAGAAGAUGUGGUACCACACAUUCUACAAAGGGUUGCGAGUGGCAACAGAGAAACAUCCGGGGUUGUUGAGAGCAGUUUCAUUGAACCCGAAGGCAAACUGUGAGAUGACAAGGAUCAUGUUUGAGAGUUUUAAUACACCAGGUACGUGUGCUGCUACUCAAACGGUGUUGUCGCUAUGUACACUAUGUACAACUGGUAUAGUGUUGAACUUAGGUGACGGUGUGACCCACACAGUUCCGAUUUAUGAAGAUUAUGCGUUGCCUUAUACUGUUUUGCGAUUGGACUUUGCUGGUAGGGUUCUUGCCGACUUUAGGAUGAAGAUCCUGACUAAGACAGGUUGCAGUUCCUCUGUCUAUUCGUGGAACAUACUCAGGCGCAAACCACCGGACAUCGUUUUACUCUAUAGUAAGUCUAGAGUGGCACCUAUAAAACAGGCAACUGUGCCUAGACUGGAACUAACAGCGGCAGUAUUGAGUGCUAGAAUGGGGGAAGUUUUAAAUAAGAACCUUCCUCAUGUGUUUGACAAGACUCACUUCUCGAUGGAUUCUAUGAUAGCACUGUACUAUAUAAAAAAUACAGAUAGUAGGUAUUCCACCUUCGUGGCUAAUCGUCUGGCCGCUAUUCGUCAUUUAACAUCUGUGGACCAGUGGGGGCACGUAGAAUCUAAUGAAAAUCCCGCUGACUGGACAUCACGAGGCAUACGGAAGGAGCUAGAUUUAAAGAACUGGAUUGAGGGUCCUUCCUUCUUGAGGAAGAGGGAGUCUGUAGGAACACUAACGCUUAUGUGCGAAAACCCCCCAGAAAAUGUUGAAUUUAAAGGAUGUCACACGACCAACGUAGUUGCGAAAAAACAUAGCUCAAGUCCAAUUCUGCUAUAUCACUCAAAUUGGAUAAAGCUGAUUAAAGCGGUAGCAUGGCUCAGAAGAUACGUGAUCUAUGUAACCAUCAUGUACUCCCAUCACGAUGACAGGUCCCUAAGUGUGGGCUAUCUGUCAGUUGAUGAAUUGGAUGCAGCUAAACACAAGGUAUUAGCCUUAGUGCAAAAGGGAGUGUAUGGGGAAGCAGUUAAAGUGUCUCGAUAUAGUGGCGUAAGCGCAACUGUUAUAAAAGAGCUAAAAAAUCUUUCACCUACGCUAAUCGAUGGAUUGCUUUGUGUCGGCGGACGAUUAAAUUACUCGGAUUAUCCACUCUCAAUCAGACAUCCGGCAAUUUCACCCAGUCAUCACUUCGUAACAGAACUUAUUAUUAGACACCAUCAUCACCUAGAAGGUCACACCGGGACAUCACAAGUGUUAGCUACCAUACCACGAAAUUAUUGGAUUGUUAAAGGAACCAGUGCAGUUAAACGAGUGAUAGGUAGAUGUGUGAGGUGUAUACGCGUGACGGCCACAUUAGGCCAACAGAUGAUGGCACCUCUCCCCAAGUGUCGAGUGCAGCAAGGCUGGUUUUGCUUCUCCUCCGUCGGGAUAGACUAUUUUGGGCCGUUGAUAGUGCGUCGGAGAAGAAGUGAGGAAAAAAGAUAUGGAUGCCUAUUCACGUGUCUCCAAACACGUGCCGUACAUUUGGAAGUAGCUUUCAAUUUGAGUACUGAUGCUUUUAUAAUGGCUUUAAUACGUUUCAUAGGAAGGAGAGGAACUCCUAAUGAAAUCUAUAGCGACAAUGGAACUAACUUUGUCGGGGCCACUUCCGAAUUACGGGCUAAUAUGAGUGUGUGGAACAAGCAUAGAAUAAACGACUUAACAGUAUCGAAGGGUAUACGCUGGCAUUUCAACCCCCCACUAACUAGCCAUCGGGGCGGAGUUUGGGAGAGGUUAAUACGGUCUGUUCGGGGGAUCUUACUAUUUAUUUCCAACGGGCAAAUAUUACACGAUGAUAGUUUGGCAACUUAUUUUGUGGAGGUAGAACGAAUUUUAAACAACCGCCCAAUCGUUCCUGCGACGUCAGAUGAAAAGGAUGAUUUGGUGCUCACGCCAAACACUUUGUUAUUACCAAGAGACAGUGAUGGUGCGAAUGAGAGGUGUAGUAAGAAGAGAUGUGCGAAAGCUCUGCCUUCUAGAGGGAGCCGAGUAAUUGUGGAUUGUAGCUUAGGUUUAUGGAUGUACAGGCGUACUGUUGUAAGUCCUGUGCCUCCCAUUGAUAUAGAGCAGUUAGUAAGGAGAGCCAUGACAGAAAUGUAUUCUAAGGUGUCUUUGCGUAGCUGGAGGGAUUUUGGGGGCCGGUGUAACGGAAAAAGAACAGUGAAAAUCCCUCUGCAGCUUCUUUGUUGAACAGUAUUUUCAUUUAUUUGUUCCUUCUCUCUUUUGUGUAUUCCAACCUUUGUUUCGACCUCGUUUAACCAUGUCUUUUGUUCUUCAGUCUUCCCCGUUUGAGCCUUUAUUAUGUGACUUUGAUUAAAGACUUAUUUUUGUUACCUAAUUUUCUAUUGCAUGUUGCCGGACCAUUGACAGUAAGGUUGUGUUUGACUAAGCUCAAGGUCACGGCGUGGUUCAUUUUGUGACUGUUAACCCUCUGACUGUCUGCUUGGGAGAAUUGCUGCAAUCCCUGCAGAUAGAUAUUUGAUCCCAUCUUAUUGGGAAUAUUUGUAUUGAUUCUCAGCGCGCUACUUUGCGUUAGAGAAACUUCUGACUGUAUAGCACAGGCUGUACCGUUUGAGGUAUUUUGUAUUUUUGAUGUAAUUUGUUCUGUUUUCUUAAUUAGAACCGUUUAUAUUGAGCACAGAGUUUGUGUUUUGAUAUAAUAUAAUACGAGUAUCUCAAAGACGCGUUGUGAGCUAUACAGAGGAACUUGGUCUGGUCUAAUCGAAUAAAUUUUGGGUUCGUCAGUCCGUUGUUCCAACCGAAUAUUGGCUGUUCGGUCGUUACAGUUCUCAAACGAACAGUAAUCUCAAGUGACAAACUCUGGAAUGCCUGGAAAGCACAAUAAGGUCAACGAAAACUUGGCAUUGGGCCACGGAGAAAUGCAAUCGGAUACACCUCCAGAUGUACGGCAAGUCAAAUUAGAUGCAUUUUCAUGUCAUGGCUCUAAUGUUAGUUUAUUAAGUAAACGUAGUAAAGUUAGCUCUAGGAUUACCUUAGCAGAGUUAAAAGAAAGGCAAUUAUUAGAAAUGAGGGACUUGAAAGAUAGACAGAGGAAACAACUACUGUGCUUUCAGAGAGAGUUUGGGUCGUUAAGGCUGAACAAAAGCACGUGUAGCAAAUUAUCUUCUGUUUCUAACUGUGAUGACAGAGAAAAGGAGUACGUUCACAGGUUCGUAAGUCCUUCUCAUGACCUUAGGAUAAAGUCUCUAGAAAAGUCAAAACGGUUAGAUUAUCCAGGAACGAAGGAGAAAGUGACCUUGGAAUCUCUAAGUGUAGGUCAUGAACUUCCAACAGUAGAGCACGAUGCCUACUUCGAUGAAAGUUAUAAUAUUGUUCCUUUACCUAGAGGAGUGGCUGAGGAAGACAUUGCUACCCCUGUUAUUGGCAAUGAGUCUGGUAUGUGUAAAGCUGGCUUCACCAAAAAUGAUGCUCCCAUAGCCGUAUUACUCCCUAUUGUUGGAAGAACUAGACAUCAAGUGACUGUGGAAAUGGAUGGAAAGGACAGUCAUGUGGGAGACGAUGCUCGACCGAAACGUGUUAUCCUGACACUGAAGUACCGAAUUGAACAUGGUAUUGCGACUAAGUGGGGUGAUAUGGAGAAGAUGUGGUACCACACAUUCUACAAAGGGUUGCGAGUGGCAACAGAGAAACAUCCGGGGUUGUUGAGAGCAGUUUCAUUGAACCCGAAGGCAAACUGUGAGAUGACAAGGAUCAUGUUUGAGAGUUUUAAUACACCAGGUACGUGUGCUGCUACUCAAACGGUGUUGUCGCUAUGUACACUAUGUACAACUGGUAUAGUGUUGAACUUAGGUGACGGUGUGACCCACACAGUUCCGAUUUAUGAAGAUUAUGCGUUGCCUUAUACUGUUUUGCGAUUGGACUUUGCUGGUAGGGUUCUUGCCGACUUUAGGAUGAAGAUCCUGACUAAGACAGGUUGCAGUUCCUCUGUCUAUUCGUGGAACAUACUCAGGCGCAAACCACCGGACAUCGUUUUACUCUAUAGUAAGUCUAGAGUGGCACCUAUAAAACAGGCAACUGUGCCUAGACUGGAACUAACAGCGGCAGUAUUGAGUGCUAGAAUGGGGGAAGUUUUAAAUAAGAACCUUCCUCAUGUGUUUGACAAGACUCACUUCUCGAUGGAUUCUAUGAUAGCACUGUACUAUAUAAAAAAUACAGAUAGUAGGUAUUCCACCUUCGUGGCUAAUCGUCUGGCCGCUAUUCGUCAUUUAACAUCUGUGGACCAGUGGGGGCACGUAGAAUCUAAUGAAAAUCCCGCUGACUGGACAUCACGAGGCAUACGGAAGGAGCUAGAUUUAAAGAACUGGAUUGAGGGUCCUUCCUUCUUGAGGAAGAGGGAGUCUGUAGGAACACUAACGCUUAUGUGCGAAAACCCCCCAGAAAAUGUUGAAUUUAAAGGAUGUCACACGACCAACGUAGUUGCGAAAAAACAUAGCUCAAGUCCAAUUCUGCUAUAUCACUCAAAUUGGAUAAAGCUGAUUAAAGCGGUAGCAUGGCUCAGAAGAUACGUGAUCUAUGUAACCAUCAUGUACUCCCAUCACGAUGACAGGUCCCUAAGUGUGGGCUAUCUGUCAGUUGAUGAAUUGGAUGCAGCUAAACACAAGGUAUUAGCCUUAGUGCAAAAGGGAGUGUAUGGGGAAGCAGUUAAAGUGUCUCGAUAUAGUGGCGUAAGCGCAACUGUUAUAAAAGAGCUAAAAAAUCUUUCACCUACGCUAAUCGAUGGAUUGCUUUGUGUCGGCGGACGAUUAAAUUACUCGGAUUAUCCACUCUCAAUCAGACAUCCGGCAAUUUCACCCAGUCAUCACUUCGUAACAGAACUUAUUAUUAGACACCAUCAUCACCUAGAAGGUCACACCGGGACAUCACAAGUGUUAGCUACCAUACCACGAAAUUAUUGGAUUGUUAAAGGAACCAGUGCAGUUAAACGAGUGAUAGGUAGAUGUGUGAGGUGUAUACGCGUGACGGCCACAUUAGGCCAACAGAUGAUGGCACCUCUCCCCAAGUGUCGAGUGCAGCAAGGCUGGUUUUGCUUCUCCUCCGUCGGGAUAGACUAUUUUGGGCCGUUGAUAGUGCGUCGGAGAAGAAGUGAGGAAAAAAGAUAUGGAUGCCUAUUCACGUGUCUCCAAACACGUGCCGUACAUUUGGAAGUAGCUUUCAAUUUGAGUACUGAUGCUUUUAUAAUGGCUUUAAUACGUUUCAUAGGAAGGAGAGGAACUCCUAAUGAAAUCUAUAGCGACAAUGGAACUAACUUUGUCGGGGCCACUUCCGAAUUACGG